CAUAGUUACGCACGCAUUGUCCUCAUAUUCACGCAAACUAUUGUUUAUUCUUUUGGCUUCGGCUUGAACGAUGUAAAAUACCGUUGAAGAAUGGAAAGAGUAAAGUUCAUUGUGUUGUUACUGCCAGUUUGUUUAACUAUCAUUGCAGCUGGCAAGCUAUGUAAAUUUGAAUACGAGUAUGUGUGUGGCAAUGAAGACUGCAAAUGUCGUUUCAUUCAUCAAAAUGGACUCAAAGUUUCAAGAAUAUUCAAAAGAAUUAUUGCCAGGCUGCCAGGUGUAAGCCAACUAUGCGACACAUGUCCAACGUUUUGCAGCAAAGAGAAACGCAUCAUUUGUCAGUAUGGUUCUUGUGAUAAGAACAAAGGAUGUAUUUGUCAAGAUUGUUGGAGUGGUGAAACAUGUUCUAAAUACCGUAAUAAACAGCCGAUGAUUGAACAGACUCUUUAUUUUGGUCAUGUGAAGAAAGAUGUCGAUAUUGGACAUGAAAUUGUCACAGUUUCUGCAGUUGAUGAUGAUCUGGAAACUUGUGUUGAUAAAUCCAACUGUCCUUGUGGUCGGAUCAAGUAUGCUAUCAUUAAAGGAAACGACCUUGGGUUGUUUCAUAUCCAUCCAGAUAGUGGAGUUGUCAGUCUUGUUAAAAAACCAUAUGAUCAUCAUGAAUUAAUCUCUAUUACCAUACUUGCAAAAAAUGAUGAGUAUUCAUUGAAUAAAGAAGAAGAAACUGAUAAAAAUAAAGCAACUGUUUUUAUAACUUUUCAAAGUGAUGAGCUUCGUACAAAUGUUUCAAGAGAACGAAGAUCACUUCAUCAUCGUACACGAAGGAGUGUUACGUCAUACAGUGCUCUGGAAAUAAAUUUUGAAGCAACGACCAAUCAAACAUUUUUUCCUUCUGAUUCUUCGAUUGACUACCGUUUGUAUGUGAAACAGAACAGUUCUGCCUCUCCUGAACAACUGAACAACGUCAGCAUCCUGUUGAAAUCUGACAAUCUCAAACUUCCUUCAGAUAAAUCUGGAUAUUCAGUAAAUAUUUCCAAUUCUAUUCAAACAAUUGGAUCGUUUGAACAUUCAGAAAGUAAUAAUAUAAAAUUCACAGUUCCAAACACUAUCCCUGCUUCGGGUUCACAAGCUUAUAUGGAAAUACAUUUCAACACAACUGUUCCGACAACAUUAAGUCCUUUGGCUUUACUUCAAGUUACGUUCAUUAUGAAUGCAACAACGUCUUCAAAUGUUCCAGUGACGUUUGGUCCUAAGUAUUCCAAUGAAAUUUUUACAACUUAUCCUGAAAUCACAUUACGACGAACCACAUCUGGAGUUGUCAAAAUUGGUGAUAUCUUAAGCUUUGAUAUAAACAUUACAUUUCCAAACUUCAACUUUCACUUCAUAUUGUCGCUAACGACAAUGAUCAACCAACUUCAAGUUUUGAGUAUUGAAAAUUGGCAAAUUAUCAACAAAAGUGAUUCGGUCAGAGCUCAGAGCCUGACACAACAAAUUUACACGGGAAAAGAUGAUAAUACUACACGUCGUGUCAUCUUGGACUUUGGACGCGUUGAGAUUUCAAAAAACGACUCAGAGAUCAACACAAUGAGAGUUUCGUUCUCUGUGAAAGUCAAUGAUCAUUACAAUCUAAAAAACGAAACUAUCCUUUACGUUGGUGUUGGAGCUUUUGCUGGUAGCACAAUGGUUGGAGUCACACAAAAUGAUUUUAUGUUGUUUAAGAAUGAACCAUAUUUAUUUGCGAAAAUCGAUGCACUAAACAGUACCACUCGAAGGUAUUUUUUCAAUGACAUCAUUCACUACUCGUGGACUGUGGAACAUGCCAAUGGUUCAUAUGAAAAUGCUGAGAACGUAACAGUCACUUUCCUUAUUCCUAAAUGGCUCAACUUGUCAAAGAACGAAUUUUUGACACCAUCAAAUUAUAAUCAGACAAGCAAAUCUCUGAUGUCAGUACAUAUGACCACUCUCCCAAUGAACGAAACAUUGAGUGGUAUUCUCACCUUAACGGUCAAUGAAUUCGUGAUGUCAUUGGAUGACUUGAAUAUAAAAAUACAGUUAGCAUACCAAACAAGCAAAGGAGUAAAACGUCCAGUAGAAACAUAUAAAGCCAGUACAAGCUAUAUUGCUGGACUGCCCUUAUUUAAAUUUGCAACAGAUUGUGCCCAAAAUACCACCAUCGAUAUUGGGCAAGUUAUAGAUAUCACACUGGAUAUUACAGUAAAUAUUCAAUUUUGUGGACAUUUGUCGAUUUUUACUCGUGGUCAGAAUAGUUCAGUCAUACUAAAACUUAUUUUGGCGGAACAACCUGUAGAUGUUAGCAAAGCUGAGAACAUUUUAAUUCAAAACAAAAAUGCAAUGUUUUACCGUAACCACCAACUUGAUCUGGGCUGCAUUCGAAAGAAAGAUAUUUCUUCUACUGCGGACGAGAGCAACACAGUAAAAGUACAUGCGAAAGUUAUUUUAGAAGACACUGAAUUUGUUAAAAAUCUCACUACCUACUUCGUCGGUUUUUCCUUUGUAAGCAAUGGAAAAUUUAUUUGGGUUUCUGAGCUGUCUUUUUUCACCAAUAUAUCACCUGAACGUCGACCAAGAAUUGAAGUCACUCCCUCAUCAAAUGGAAGUGGAAGUUUAUUUCAAGGCUCUGUUGUCGAGUAUAAUUUCACUAUUUCUCACAAAAACAAUUCACGGGCGCAAGCUUUUGACAUUGAAGUUCUGUGGAUGUUACCUUCCUAUACUAAAUUUUUGCAAGUCAAUAGAAAGCAUUUCAACUUUUCGCGGAAGGAAGACAACGUCAUGUUUAAGUUAGAUAAAUUGGCGUUUGGUGAGACAGUGUAUGAAUCAUUUUCAGUAGCAAUUGAUCCUAACAAGAUAAGAAAGAAACCUGGAAAGAAUUAUGUUGUCACACCAUUAGCAGUGACUUAUAAAAACUCUAGCAUAAACGUGCAAAAGUAUUUUGAGCCUUUGCUAGCAAUUUCGGUUGCAUUUGAAAUACCAGAUUUACAGACAUCGAACGAAUCCUCCUUAAAAGAAUUUUACAGUCGUGGCUAUUUGGUAGAUAGAAGAAAAUCAAUUGUUUACAUCUGCUCUGUUUCAUCAAGCAGAGACAAACCAAGCUGCUUCUGGUCAAACUCUAACGGUGCAACAUGGCAAGCUCUUCAUGUUUCUGUUAUCAACAUUAUUAAAGUGGACAGCGAUAAUCAAUUGGUGUACGGAAUUGGUAGCAACAAAAAUGCCUACAUGAAGUAUUCUCUAGACAAAGAUAGGUGGUAUAUCAUAACCAACAAUGUGUGGGCCAGUGUUGCGUCAAGUUUGUCCAGUCCAGACCCUGUUCAUAUUGAUACUAAUUAUAACCACAACGCAGAUCCUGAACCUGAAAAACAGACGAAUAUGACCUCAGGAGACAGCUGGGGAGCCAACAAACUUGGUAUCUUUUAUCGUGCAGCUGGGAGUAAUCAAUGGUCUCAAAAAGCAUGCUGGGAUUGUUUUCCUUGAUUUUGACAUUUUAGACUGCUUUUGUUGAAACAAAAGUUUAUAAUUUUAUUAGCGAUGAAAUGAUUGACGCAAAUAAUCAAGCGAAUGAAAAAGGACUUAAAAUCAAGUAAAUUAAGAAAGUAGAUUUGUCGUAGUGGAACUGAAAAUAAUUGUAAAAUCAUUAACUAAAUUUGGAUAUUUAAAGUAUAGAUUCGAACAGGUUAGAAUUAAAAAGGCUUGGUAUCUACCUA